AAUACACCUAAGCGUAAUGAGUGAUGGUAUGACCAGCUUCGAGUUGCAACAAGAGGUCGACAAGAUCUUGAGCCGGGCGCACGCGAUUGCCGACCUGACAGACGAGUCGGCGGUUGACUCGGUUGUCGAGGCCAAGUUGUCCCCUGAUAUCAAUAACUCCCAAAACGAAAACGACCCCCACCCCCAACCCAAACAGAUACCCACCACCAAAAAACCAAUUCGGUUCAAGGUACGGAAGGUCAGUGGCGACGAUAAGGAGAGAGAGGUGACUACGGCCGAUAACAAGACGAAGCACAUGAAGUCUGUGCAGUUGCAGUAUGAUCAGUGUGUCAAUCGAAUAGAAAAAAUCAAAAAGGAGGUGAAUUUUUUGAAGACGUUAUUGCCUCCGUACAACGUGGAAAUCGACUACCACACGCGGACGAAGAUCGAACGGGCCAUCGAGAAGCUCAAUAUGAAGAGCGACGAGUUGGCCAAAAAGAAGUACGGGUUGGGAAUUAAUUUGAGCCGGCUCUGGAGAGAGUUUGAUGAUAGCCAGAUUUGGAUCCGGUCCGUCAGUAACUAGUGAGGCCCCACUAUAAUGAGCUUAGAAAUGUAUAUUACAAUGAACGUAGCAAGAUAUAUC